GAUUAGAGAUGAAAGAGAGAUUAGCAUGGGCAGGAGAGUUGGAGGGUUUUUCUCCGUCUCCAUUGGUGUGGCAGUGUAAGGGCAGAAGAGCUACACAGACAUCAGGAAAUCAGUACCUGUCUUCCUCAGGAUGCCUCAUCCAGGUAUUCUCUGCCCUGUACUCAGCAAGUUACAAGUUUUAAGAUCCUGUUCAGUCCUCUGAAAGAGAUUUCUACCGCAUGCCUUGGAUACAUGCUCCUAAGCAGCUUACAAGCUUUCCUUGACCUACGCUGCUUUUCCUAACACUGAUCUGACUAUGGCUGUCCUCAAAGUAAAAUUCACCAAAACUAGGAGGGAGAAAUUGGCUCAGAUCUUAUGGAUCCUCAACUGGGUCUCUGUAGUGAGCGGGAUCAUUCUCUUCAGUCUUGGCCUCUUUCUAAAAAUAGAGAUCAAGAAGCGCAAUGAAGUGAUGGCAAAAGGGGAUGUUAACUCUCUCCCCAACAUGCUGAUCUCUGUCGGGGUCAUAGCAUGUAUCAUCAACUUUCUGGGUGGCAAAAUCUGCUAUGACUGCUCAGACGCCAACAAGUGCUCUCGAUGGAAACUAGUUAUGCUCCCAUACAUUGUGUGUACCUUCUGUUUUACCUUCUGCAUCCUGGUGGGUGCUCUCAUGUGCUACACCAUGAGAAACGAGCUGGAAGAGUCUCUCUAUCUGGGACUGAGGGAUGCUAUUAAGUUCUAUAAGGACACAGACAUACCCGGACGAUGUUUCUUAAAGAAAACAGUGGAUAUGUUACAAAUUGGAUUCCAGUGCUGUGGAAACAAUGGCUUUAGAGACUGGUUUGAAAUUCAGUGGGUAUCUGCUCGUUACCUGAAUAUGGCUUCCAAGGAAGUUCUGGACCGUCUGAAGAGCAAUGUUGCUGGAAAAUUCUUGGUGGAUGGAGUACCCUUCAGCUGCUGCAACCCCAGCUCCCCGCGGCCCUGUAUCCAGUACCAGCUGACAAACAACAGUGCUCACUACAACUACGAUUUCCUGACAGAGGAGCUCAACAUCUGGGUGAAGGGGUGCAGAGAGGCCCUGCUGGAUUACUACACAGCUAUUAUGAGAUCCAUUGGCAUUGCAGCGUUGUUUAUUUGGUUGUUUGAGCUCUCUGUACUUAUCGGUGUCCGGUACCUACAAACAGCAAUGAAGAAUGUCCUUCUGCUAGGAGAUUUGGAGGGUGAAUCAGAUGGUUGGUUACUAGAAAACAGCUUUGUGGAAACUGCCAAAUACAACAUCAAUAUCAUUAAGAACCUUGGCAAAGCCAACCAGAUUUCUACUGUCUCAGGCAUGAACGACCCCAACAUCGAUGUUCAAAACACGAACUGUGGCAAAACCAAUGUUACAACAAAAUCUAUCCCAGUAGGUAGCUAGGCAAGUCUUCAAAAAAAGGACAUCACAAGGGUACCUUUGACAAAUUACAGUCUUGCAGUUAGCAUAUUUUUUUACUGGUGGGGGGAAAAAAAAAAGGUAUGAAAACUAGUAAGACAAUUGAAAAAAUCACAGACUGGUGACAGCUCCAAAAAUGCUGAUACUUCUUUGACUGGAUGUAUUUUUUCUUAUUCUUGUGAAAACCCUGAUUUU